AUGAAUAGUAUAAAUCAACAAUCACGGCCCAUGGAAAUGAAUGAAAAUUCAUAUCAUGGCGACAUCUCAGACGAAGAUAUGAAAUUGAUAAAGCAUUUGACGUGGCUAUACGGAGGUUAUAGUAUGCGAAGAAGAAAUGUUAGCGAUCUAUACGAGAAAGAAGAGAGUUUAAAUGAAAAUGUAGAAGCUGUGCAAGUUAGGAGUAAAGGAAGGCCUAAAAAAGAUCGUGGAAAACAGCAAAAACCGUAUAUGGACGAGAAAAAUGUGACCAGAGGCCGUAAAACACUCAACAAAAGUCCCAAUCAACAUCCAGGAAAUAAAUUGCAAAAAAAGCAUGAAAACUGGAACGGAAAACAGAAAAAUAGAAGUAUAUCUAAAGUAUUGUUAGAAAACGAUGAAUAUAUUAUGAUAAAAGGAAGAAAGGUAAAUACAAGUAAGGAGUAUAUGUUAAACGAAAGGAAAGGAAGGAAUAAAUGUAAAAGAAAUGGAAUAUACAAUAUAAUGUAUGAAGAAAAUGAAUUGAACAAUACGGAAGAAGGAUAUUUGACAGGGAAAAAAAGUAAAACCGUCCAGAAAAGAAAAAAUAAAAAAAGAGGAUUAGAGUAUUCGAGUGUGCAUACACACGGCACUGGAAUAAAGAUUGCAGUAAUAGAAGAAGAAGAUGGGAAGAUAGACGAGAAUGGAAUUGGUUCCAAGGAGAAAAGGAUCGGAGAAGGAGGUGGUAACAUGUAUGAUAGCAGUGGAGUGCAAGGAAGGGAAGUUGAUGGAAGCGUUGAGUGGAGUAACAAGGACGAUAUAGCGUGGAAGCUGGAAAACGCAAGGUAUCUGUUGAACAGAAGGCUCAAGUACUACUACGAAAUGGAAAUGAACGACCGAAGAAACCCGAGCUGGCCAAUAAACUACAGCCUGCAGAAUAAAAUAGAAGACUUCAUAAGUAAGAAGAUAGCAGACGCGACGGAGUUCAGAAGCAAGGAGCCGACGACGCUGUCGAUAUGUAACCAGUUCGCACUGCAGAACCACGAGGCAAUGGUGGCGGACAGCGACAGAGUGCACUACUACAGAGCAGCAAUAUUCUGGACAGGCUACAGCGAAGAUCAUGAUAGCAUGGAGAAGGAUAUGGUAAAUAUAGAAGUCAACAACAUUGAUAGCACUGUUGAUGCCGUUGACAUGAAUAGGAUGAUGGUUGGCCAUGUGAACGUUACUAAGGGUGGUGACUUGGACGAUGUGAUCACUACCAAUGUGGACAGUACGAUCAUUGGGAGUGUGAAGAGUACGGUGGAUGGUGACAUGGAAGGUAGAGCACAGGGGAUGGUAACAUUGAGUGCACCGAUUGGUGGAAAUAAUGCUGCGAUGGAAACGACCACGGAUGUUAGUAACUAUAACGAGGAGUGUGAUGCGGCCGACAUUAGAGGAAACUUUGGCACUAAUGAUACGACGCCAAGCAUGGGAGGAAGCAUUGAAGAAGGGCUGGAGUACAAAGGAGGAUUUGAAAACCUGGAAAGCAUAGACGGAGGGCUGAACGAGUGUUUCGAAAAGAGCUUUAAGGAGUUGGAGACGCUGCACAGCAAGUUUACGUCGAAUUUGGACUAUAAAACGGGAGGGAUGGCGUACGAAAACGGGCUUUCCGUACUGCCGCAAAUAGAAACUAGCUUGAACACGUGCUACAGCGACUCGCUGCACUCGAGGAGCACGAGCGUCAACCUGGACAGCUCAAUCUACAACGAAAGCGAAGACACAAUCAGCAGCGUUAAUGGAGGAGUCAAGUACUACUGCACAGGCAAAAAGAUACUGGAGAUAGGAACGGGGCCAAUGUGCGUGUUGGCAAUGAACGCACUGAAGGCAGGAGCGAAGUCAGUGGACGCAUUGGAAGUGUCAGACCACGCAUCGAGGCUCGCAGGGAAGCUGAUGGCAGCGUACGGCUUCGACAACAUCAUCAAGGUCUUCAACACGCACUCGAAGCAGUUCAUAUUUAACCAGAACGAGUACUUCGCAGGCUCAAACAGCAACGCGGCGAGCACGAUCACGAUGGAGCUUAGUCUGCCGGCGUACCCGCCCUACGACAUGGUCAUCAGCGAAAUACUGGGAGACUUCGCAAGCCAGGAAGGAGUGGCGGACGUCUUCCUGGACUUCCAGAGAAGAAUACUCUUCGAAAACAAGGCAUUCCUGGACGAAGUGAAGAGCAUACCCUGCAGAGUCUCAACCAUGUUCGUGCCGAGCUUCUUCCCAGACGCAAGCAACAUACUCAACAAGUCGAGCUCGGACAGAGAAAUGACAAUAUUCUCCCCGAGUAAGAAGAUGCUGCAGUCAGUAGGAAUGAGAAUAGAUAACCUGCCAGUGUGCGAGGAGUGGCGGCCGCUGGAGCACAUAGACCUGGAAAGCUGGAUGCUCCCGCAGAUGUGCCAGCACUACGUAAACGUGUUCAAGGUGGCGAAGUUCGGAGAGGUCGCAGGCCUCCUGGUGGGAAUCGACGUGGAAAUCAGGCCGGGCGAACACUUCGGAACGCGCUACGGGCAGUGCGAGUCGUGGUACACGAACCUGCUGAUGUUCGACCGCGAGUACACGGUCUUCGAGAAAGACCUUAUCGUGGUCUCGAGCGUGGCGAACCUGACGAACUACACGAAGGUCAACUGCGACACGAGCAAGAUACAGGUCUCGAGGCCGUCGUACAGCUUCAGGGCCUACAUCCUGUCGCCAAUCAACUUCGAGGCGGCGAACUUCGCAAUUCUGCAAACCGCUCUGGCUGGAAAUAAGGUUACCGCUAACACUAAAAACUACUCCGAUGAUACGGCCAAUGAUACCUCAAGUACGACCAUCGAUCACUCUACUGAUAGCAAUAACUCCGGUGCAAAGAAAAAUGGCACUACAGUCACAAAUGGUACGAAUGGUACGACCGUAAAGGGGCAGUACAGCGUUAAGUUGAAGUGUAAAGAACUGAAGGAAAUGAGCUAUGACGUUACAAACAGGACGAAGAUUAACUUCUAUAACCUUAAUAAGACGCACGAGGCAGUGAGCACGAAGUGCAAGUGCCCAGACGACAUACUGGAGGGACAGGAGUAUGUGCAACUGGAAGGGGAGAUAUACAAGGUGAUACACAGGCCGGAAGUAAUAUACAUCGACUACGACGAACAGACGUCGACAAUAUACUACGACACACCAUGCGCAAAAAGGAAGAUGCACACAGACCCGCCGAAGAGAUACAAUAAAAUAAAGCUUAAAACGGCUAAAUCAAUGUAA